GUGGACUGCCACGUAACAACACAAGUGCUCAGCUGGCAGGCCGCCUUAUUAGAGUUUAAGCUAGCCAGUUAGCAAUAUUACUUGAGCAGAAAAAUAUCAAGCAUUAAAUCCUAACUACGAUAUAAACCAGCCGUGACAUGGGGGGGUCGCAGAGUGUCGAGAUACCGGGAGGAGGAUCCGAAGGCUACCAUGUUCUUCGGGUUCAGGAGAAUUCUCCAGGACAUCGUGCAGGACUGGAGCCUUUCUUUGACUUUAUUGUCUCCAUCAACAACGAAAGACUGAACAAGGACAAUGACACUCUGAAGGACCUGUUGAAGGCCAGUGUGGAGAAGCCAGUUAGAAUGCUGGUUUACUCCUCUAAGACCCUGGAGCUCAGGGAGUCCACCGUCACCCCAAGCAACCUCUGGGGUGGCCAGGGCCUGCUGGGUGUCUCCAUACGCUUCUGCAGCUUCGAGGGAGCCAAUGAGAACAUCUGGCAUGUGCUGGAGGUGGAGCCUAACUCUCCGGCAGCCCUGGCUGGCUUGCGGCCCCACACUGAUUACAUCAUAGGAGCCGACACCGUUAUGAACGAGUCGGAGGACCUGUUUUCUCUGAUUGAGACCCAUGAGGGGAAGGGGUUGAAGCUAUAUGUCUAUAACACAGACACAGACAACUGCAGAGAGGUGGUCAUCACCCCCAACAGUUCCUGGGGAGGGGAGGGCAGUCUGGGAUGUGGCAUCGGAUACGGUUACCUGCACAGAAUUCCCACCCGGCCAUUUGAAGAAGGGAAGAAGAUUAGUUUUCCGGGUCACAUUCCCAGUGGUGAGCCCAUCAGCGCGCUCAAGGACGGAUUCACUGAGGUUCAGCUCUCUGCUGUAACCCCACCCCCUGCUGUGCCCUCUGUCCCCACGGGGUUAGAAGAUUCGCUGUCCAGCCUGUCAAUCAACUCAGCUCCACCCACCAUUCCAAGUGAGCUUCAGACAGGUCUCCCCACCGUUCCCCUGCUGCCCACCUCCCUUAGCCCCCUAAACCCAGCCUCCACGACCUUCAACCCUGCCACCACGCUACCAGGUCUGUUGCCUCUCCCGGGCGGCCUGCCCCCAUUCCCAAACCUCCCCAACCUCAACCUCACCGCACUACCAGACCUCAGCGCUGUAUCGCUAGCAGGUAUUAGCGGGCUACUGCCACCAGGAACAGCGGGAUUCCCUCCACUCGCACCCUUCCCUCCUCUGAACCUGCCUGGUCUAGCCCCCCUCCCCCCCCUGCCUGCCAUGCUGUCCCAGCUCCCCCUCCUACCCCAGGGGGUAACAUCCCUUCCCCCUGUCGACAUCUCCUCCUUCACCCCCCUCACCCUUUCCACAGUCACCCCCGCCCCAGAGCAGCAGACCCUCCCUGGUGCCACAGUUCCCGCUUCUGCCGCCACAGAACCAGCCGUCGCCUCGGCGACCAUCAUGGAAUCAAAGGCUGCCACGAAGACGUCGUCGUAACACAGGAAAAGUCUCAUACCCAGAAUCGAACCUGCCGGUUUCUCUCUCUCGUUUUCUUUCUCACUCACUCACACUCUCUCUCUCUCAUAUUUAUUUAGCCAGGAGGGACAGAAUAAUUUGCCACGGUGAAGCUGGUGCAGUCAGUUGGAAACAUGGAGCAGAGGAAUAAAGAAGUGGCUGAGUGGCAACAAGCAGGGAAGCCCUGCCUGCCUGUCUGACCCACACUGCCUUAGUUUCAUUCAAAAUUCAAAUUCUCUUCAGUACCCUUUAGUAAACACAUCUAUUUGCUAGAUAUUCCUUUAUAUAUUUUUUUGUUUUGUUUAAUUGCUUUGAUUGUUCCUGUUAAAGAAUGAAAUCUGCAUUAUUUUGCACCACGUUUUGAAAAAUAUUAGGCAUGUUUGUCCCUGUGUUCUUCUCUCCAUGCACCUUUCGUUUCUAACAUAACUCUAUAGCCUACCCUUAAACGUUGUGUGAGGGUGGUAGUCACUAGAUGGCCAUGCCAGAGGGGACCGAAAUAGGCAGGGAUAUCGUCAGAACUAUGUACUAUUUGUGGCUGGGCUAGGGUUUGUGGUAAAUAUCGUAUUGGGGGUUAGACGGUGCUGCCUCUGGCAUGGUGGGUUGAAGAGGUAGGAAAUGAAGGCGAAGUGAGGCUUUUCAACUACACGAGGGCGCUGUGUUACAACUUUAUGAAAACACCCUGUACACAUACUCGAGCAAUAAAGCUAAUGGAAUUUUAAAAUA